AUGCAGCAGCCCAACUACCCGCCGCGUGGCCACGCAGGCCACGGCCCGCCCCAGCAGCAACAAGCGCCGCGCAGCAGCGGCGGCCACGCACCCUAUCAAGCCGGAUACGGAGGCGCGACGCCACUGCACCCGCAGCACCAGUUGCCGCUGUCUCAGUCCUCAGGAAGUUUUUCUGGUCCCCGGAGCUCUUCUGAUGUUUAUCCGCUUCAGGGUCCGCACUCGAAUUUCGGACCACCUGGUGCUGUUCCUCUCGCCUCAGGCAUGCAGCAACAAGCUGGCGCUCUACCAGUGGGACCUCAAGCAUCGUUUCGCCCAGCUCAGCACUUUGGUGCAGCAGAUGCAGGAGCUCCCUUAUCGGCUGGAGGCAACAGUGGGAUGAUGCGAGGUCCUCCUGGACCAGUGGUAGGACACAGCGGGUUUCCAGGCCAAAGUCAAUCGGUACAUGGAACAGCCCACAAUGCUCUACCACCUGCAGCGUCAGGACCAGCGUCUUUCCAGUCAAGUGGCCAUCGUGGCCUUACACCGCAGUUUGGUGGACAGCAGCAAAGACCGCCACCAGUGCAGUACCCUGGACGACAGCAGGGACCACCUACUCCGCAACAUGAUGGACAACUACAGGGACCGCCACCUCCGCAGUUUACUGGACAGCAACAAGGACCGCCACCCCCGCAGUUCACUGGACAACAACAAGGACCGCCGCCUGGUCAGGGAGGAGCAGCUUCAUACUUGCAGCCAAAUCGCAAUGCUGGACCGUAUCCUACACCCCCUGCUCCUGGUAUGGCUCCGCCAUACGGUGCACCGGGAGCACCAGGAGAAUACGGUCCGCCUCAACAAGGAGGGUAUGCUCCGCAACAGCAGCAACAACCACAGGCUUCUCAGGCGUCGAAGCAGCGUAUCGAUCCGACUCAGAUACCACGACCAAUAGUCUCGGCAGAACGUGUGCAGUACAUUGCUCGCGGGCAUACAGUGACCAUGCCGCCCGCGGCGUCAAGCGACUAUGUUUGUGUCGACGAAGGGUGCUGUAGCCCACGCUUCAUCCGACCAACACUCAACCAUGUUCCCAGCACGACAGAGUUGCUGAAACAAUGUGGAUUGCCGUUGGCUGCGGUCAUCUGUCCGCUUGCUGACUUGCACGAGGACGAGCUACCGAUUCCGUUGGUCGACUUCGGUCCGAGCGGCCCGCUGAGAUGCACGCGUUGUGCUGCUUAUGUAAACUCGUUUACGAAAUUUAUCGAGGGUGGUCGCAAGUUCGUGUGCAACAUUUGCCAGCUCAACAAUGAGACUCCCCGUGACUACUACUGCAGCGUGGAUCAGUACGGCAACCGACGCGAUAAUCAAGAACGCGCCGAGCUGUCGCGCGGCUCAGUGGAAUACGUCGUGCCCGCUGCGUAUACCAUCCGUCCACCGCAAGAGCCUAUUUUGGUGUUUGUUCUUGACGUGUCGCUUUUUUCGUUCCAGACGGGUCUCGCUACCAGUGCACUGCAAACCAUUCAGUAUCUGCUCCCGUCGAUGGCACAAAACAGGCGCAAGAAAGUGGGCAUUGUCACCUUCGACACCGCCGUACAUUACUACCGCACGAACAGCAGCUCGUCUUCGAUCUCAAUGUGCGUUUGCCCGGAUGUUGACGAUCCGGUGGCGCCGCUGCCUCCCAGUAGCUGGCUUGUAUCGAUGGAUGACCCGGCAGCUGCCGACAAGAUUACGGAGUUAUGCGAUGUCGUCACACGAUCGUUUGAAAACACUGCAACGAAUCAGGCAGUCUCGGGCUCUGCGCUUUGGAGUGUAGCUGACGCGCUAUCGGUGUCAGGAGGACGAGCAGUGCUGCUUCAUGCUGGUGCACCUCGCGUGGGAAUAGGCAGUGUAAAACGCGAAGAAGUGAGUGGUGCCUACGGCACAACGAAGGAGGUGGAUCUGUACACCCCUGAGAACAACAACGCGUACGAAGCACUAGCGCGCAAGUGCGCUGAAAGCCACAUCUGUGUGGAUGUGUUCUCGGUUGCCAAUUCCUUCGCGUCACUCGCCGAUGUUGGUCGCGUGUGUGAAUUGACGGGUGGUCGUGUCCAGUACAUGCCUCACUUCAAAAAAGAGCAAUCAAGUAAUCGUCACCACCUCACCGGCAUGCUGCAGCGGCUCGUGGAUCGCGACUGUGGCUACGAAGCUGUGCUCAAGGUGCGCUGCAGCGCUGGGCUCCGUGUGGAACAUUCGUAUGGCAAUUUCUUCAACGCGCGUGGCAAUGCAUUUACCUCGGAUGAGAUGGAGUUUGCUGUGAUUGAUCAAGACCGUUCGAUGUGUGUAACGUUCGCGUACGACGAGUCACUGACUGAGGGCACAGACGCGUACAUCCAGGCAGCACUGCUGUAUACGCGUAGCGACGGCUUGCGCUGCGUGCGUGUGCACAACCUCGCGUUGCAGGUGGAGCCGCUGCUGUCAAAUGUGUUCCGCUUUGCUGAUCUGGAUGCAACUUGCUCUGUGUGGCAGCGCUCGGCCGCACGUCAGUUUGUGGACAAGCAACUGAUGCGCGCGACACCAAUGGCUGUGAAGGAGUCAUUCGUGGACCAAUGCGUGACAGUGUUGUUCAACUAUCGCAAGUACUGUGCUUCAUCUUCAUCUUCGGGCCAGCUCAUCUUACCUGAAUCGCUCAAGCUGCUGCCUUUGUACACCCUGGCGACUCUCAAGAGUCGUGCACUGAGAGGUAACCUCGUGGGUAACCCUCCGCGCGGAUUUAUCGAUGUGCGUGCGGAUGAGCGCGUGAUGAUGAUGGGACUGCUGAACAGUCUACCCGUGGAGUUUUGCGUGUCGGCGGUGUACCCUAAACUGUAUAGCGUCCAUGAUCUGACGGAUGAUUGCUGCACAUUGGACGAGGACGGCAAGUUUAUUCUUCCCCCGCAACUCCCGCCCACAGCAGAGAAACUGGUUGAAGAAGGCAUAUUCCUGCUGCACUCAGCAAUGUGCUGCUACAUUUACAUCGGUCCGAAGGUUUCCCCUGACUUGUUGAUCCAACUAUUCGGUGUGGAUCAUGCCGAUACGGCUGAACAGACUCUCGACUUAUUCGAGACUGUGGCUGAUGAGCGCUCGGGAGGCGAUGGCGAUGGAAUGAGCGCCCGUGAGCGGCUGCGCUCGCUUGUAGAGUACUUGAACUCGACCAUCCCGAUCUCUCAGCCGUUAGAGAUCUUGAGCAAGAAUGACUGGCGCGCUAAUCGUUUCAUGAGCACGCUUGUAGAGGAUCGCACACUCAACGACGUAUCGUACGUCGAGUUUUUGGUCCAGGUGCACAAGAAGAUUCAGUACAAGUUUCACUAG